AUGGCCUGUAAACAUUCCAGCUCUACAAGGCAUGUGUCACUCUGUCGGGCAGCAGCAGAAGGUGGGCAUCUGGAGAUACUGCAAUGGCUUCGGUUCCGGGAGUGUCGAUGGAAUACAGAGACAUGCAAGGUUGCAGCGGCAGGUGGACAUUUGGAGGUGCUGAAAUGGGCUCACCACGAGGGAUGUCCAUGGGAUUCAAGGACAUGCUUUUAUGCUGCAAAAAACGGACAUCUCAAGCUGCUCCAAUGGGCCCGAGAACACGGUUGCCCAUGGGAUGCAGCGGCAUGUCAAGCCGCUGCAAGCAAAGGGCAUUUGGAGAUUCUCAAGUGGCUCCAUGCCAAUGAUUGCCCAUGGGAUGAAAAGACAAGCUUGGGUGCUGCAUCACAUGGUCAACUUGAUCUCCUGAAAUGGGCCAUAUCAAAUGGAUGCCCAUGGGAUUCCUGGAUAUGCUAUGGUGCAGCUGGAUGGGGCCACUUUGAAGUUUUGAAAUGGGCCAGAGAAAAUGGUUGCCCAUGGGGUGCUGCUACAUGUCGGAAGGCUGCAGAAGGUGGGCAUUUGGAUAUUUUGAAGUGGGCCCGAGAAAAUGGCUGCCCAUGGGAUGAAUAUACUUGUGCCAGAGCUGCCAGAGGUGGUCACCUGGAGAUCUUGAAAUGGGCAAGAAGCAAUGGCUGUCCAUGGAAUGCUGAUACAUGCUCUGAGGCUUCCAAGAAUGGUCAUACUCAGGUUUUUUUGUGGGCUCAUGCCAAUGGCUGUCCUAAGUAA